AAUGGCUGUAAUCCGUUAAACCUCACUUGUUUCUUUCAACAAUCAACUUUCAGAACCUACUGCGCAUAACAAAACAUUAGGGUUUUAUUAACCGAAGCUUAUUUAGAAAGGUCUAAAGAAAGAAGUUAUUCAUUGUAUUAAUCUCGAACAAUAAGCCUCAUUAAGAACAGACUUAUCCAACCUCAGUACUAAAUUCUUUGCACAUUCACUCAUAUACUCCAUAAUUGGUAUCCAGCGUACCGACUUCUCAUGAUUUCAGUUAAUUCACCUAACUUAACGAAGACCAAAAUACACGCCCUCUGUAACCAACUACAAAACAUACAAAUAAAAGUGGUUUAUCUGUGAAUAAACUGCAGCGAGAAUGCACAAUAUAGUUAUUUCACAAACGAUUUGAUCUGUCUACGUUGCUCGCUGUACAACGAUAGUAAUUCAGCAAAUCAGUUUGUGAGUAAAAGUGUCAAAAUUACCGAAAAAAAAGCGGGCAGUAGAAGAGGUGCGAUACGGAAAGCAGCAUCUUCAUAAUCUUGGUUAUACAUUCCAUACAUGAUGAACUUAACUUCGUAAUCUUUUUGAUUUGUCGUAUUCUUCAGAGAUUGAAUGGCUAAACAGUAAUUUCCGGGCUUUGGUAUAGGAAUUGAAAACUCUUUAAUUGAUGAAUCGUUAAACAUCGGUCCAAAAAUCCCCUUGGAAUAAACGUAUUCAGACCCGUUAUGCACGACGAAAUCACCAAAUCCUGCUGAAACUCCAUUUCCGUACGUAACGUUGCUCGUGAUGUUGAGAUUCUUGUCAAAAUCAUAUACUAUGUAAGCAAAUGCAGCGUUUUUGUGACAUUUUGGAUACAAUUUGAUUGACGGCGAAUAAACAGUGUCAGUAAAUCUCUGACAAUCUGAACCCCAAGGCGCAUAAUCGACACCGGAGCAUAUAGUGAAAUUGUUUGAAAAUCCAUAACGUUUUGUAAGAGAGGUUGACAUUGUAAUCUUGAGUUCAAAGCCGAGGCCGCUCUUUUCUAUUUAACACAAGGCUUGAAAGCGUUAUCCAUUUUCUUUGACCAGAUCAGAAAACGUUGGUAUCCUUAAGGCAUUUUCAGUCCCACGGGUUGAGAAACGCGAAAACGGCUCGCCGACAUGGUUACAAUAGUAAGUUGGGUUAGGCGAUUUCAUUUUCAUAGUAUGGAAAACGUAAGCUAUAACUGGAUACUACAGUUUAAUUAGUUCACUAAUACAAACAUGAUAAUUGUCAUUUAUACAACAGCAUUUACAGACACAAGACUUGUUUGUUUGAUAGUGUCUUAAUCACCACCAGAUUCAAGCUUUCUUGUGUACUCUGUUCGCUUGGUUGCAAAAAACCAGAAAUCUAUCAUAAGUUACGACAAAAUACUUGCGACACUUUCCCUUAGCAAACGAAAAAUCAUUUAGAAAUUUUUUUUGUAACGUUACAUUUGAAGGAGGAAUCAAAAUUUCUAUCGCAGUUAUUUGCAUCCGACAUAUGAAUUAAUUGAAUCCUCUUUCUGCGAAGAUUUAUCCCUUAGGUUCAUUAUAUUUUUUUUACUUUUGGAAGGAAAAAGGGUCACUGUGGUCGUGAUGUAUAAUAAUUCAUUGGACUUCAUUAAGGGGAAACUCAAUCCAGUGCAGAAAACAUUUAAUUUCAUGGGAAACACUGUUCAAGAGAUCUCAGGCAAAUCAAGAAUUCAAAGGAUCUAUCCCUGAGCAAGAGACAGUAAAUGUAUAUGAAGGAGCUCACAUCGUACAAGCAAAAGUUCAUCUGAUAUUUUUCGAACUUGAGUUGUUUCAAUGCGCACAGAGUCCCUAUUUUUUGUUUUUGCGGCAUAUUUUGCUUCACUGGUUUCAGCAUAUAUUCCACCGGCAGCGUACACCUUCAACAUUCCAGCAGCGAACACCUCUUUGGAUAUUCUUGGACCACCUUACAACAGUCUUUUCCAAGAUUUGAAUUACCCUGUAAACGGUAUCUAUCUUACCAACUGGACUGCAUUAAUUACUCUGAUUAAUGCCCAGGACUACUAUGGUGCAGCUACGGUAUACUUUCAGAAUGAUCGCCCUUAUGAUAAUUACGAAGCGGUCUAUGAUCAUUCGUUAAGGGAUCUCGUUGCCAGCCAGAACGACCCUGAAACAUUCAAGCAAUACAAUAACUUACUGGAGGCAGUCAAGGCUCUUGGAGUUUAUUCCCUUCCAAGUGACGCUGUGCCUUUUAAUGUCACCGAGAUGGAGACUUCCUUCGUUAAGCGAGAAGAUGCUCAUUGCUGUUGGCACCAUCAUGCUAAAAUUGAUGAUUGUGAGCUAGUAUUGAAUUCCAUCCCGUCUCGCUCAUGGGUAGUCAAUCAUUCCAGUCAGCGCGUACAGGCGCUAUAUUCUUGCUACGUCACAAUUGCUGUUUAUCAGGCAGACUCGGCUGUCAUUCCUGACUCGAAUGAAAUUCGCUCAAAUGCUCGAAGAAUCAUGGAUCAUUGUGAUAACUUUGCUCAGAUUGGAAGCGAGAGAGACACUGUGAGUGGUUUCAUGCUUGAUUCAGGCAAUCACUUGAAGACAUGUGUUAGUAAUCGUAUUGGCGGCUGUUAACUAGUACAUUGACUUUUAGUGCUAUUGUGAUGAUUCUUUUUACUCGUUAAAUUCGUCAAUCAACAUUUUAUCUUUCUACUGUAAUGAUAAAUACAUUGAUCAUUAAAUUAAAAUUAACAACAGUCAAAACUUGGACUAUCACCAGACACCUAAGUCAGUACCGUAGGAGCCCCGACUAAUUAUAAUGGGUCUCCCAAGAAACGCAAUACAUUGGUUUAAAACUAUCUAUCGCAUCUAAAUGUGUUACUCUCUUUCUUCUUUUUUCACUUUGUACACCUUCGGAAUACAGAAUAGUUGGUUAUUCAACAUUAACCAAUUCAUCAUAAUAAGCGAAUUUAUUUAUCAAAUAGCUUGUAACGGUAAACUCUGGAAAACCAGGUGUUCACUGCUAACUAUUUUGUGCUAUCCACUUAUAUUUAACACAUUUAGUGUAGUAUACAUAUCUCGG